AUGUCCCUUCUGCGCGCAUUUCGACCGUCGUGCCUCCGUCCGCUGUGUAAGACGCGCUCGUACGCUACAAAAGCGGCUACAAAGCCAGCGGCAGCAGAGCCAGAACCAAAAUCCUCAUGUCCUCCUAACACCGUCUUGGUCGGCGUAAACUACCUGAAGGACCAGCCGCCAGUGCUCGCCCUACCCGACGAGGAAUACCCGGAUUGGCUGUGGAAGCUCUUGGAGAAGAAGGAGCUGCCGUACGAUGGGCCCGGGGGCAAGGCGGAGAAGGUCCGGCUACGGAAGGAGAACAGGCAGCGGAUACGGGAGCAAAAUUUCUUGAAGACUCAGUAG